UGGAUUAGAUAAAACAUGUGAACCAAAAAACUGUUCAAAUACAAAAAGAAUUAAACUUUCCAUAAGAAAUUAUUUAUCCAUUAGGAAUUCUUAGUACCGUUUGAAAUAGAAAUACUUAUACAUUCAGGAUUCAGUAGUUACCUAUAUAAAUAGACGAUCCGAUCAUUGUUAAUUUUAUCAAAAGCUCUUCUAAUUUUCGAGCUCAGUCAACCUAAUCAAUCUAAUAUAUUAAUGGCGGAAAAAUUAAAAAUUACUGGAAUUUGGGGAGGGGUUGUAGAGGUAGAAUUGGAGAAUUGUACACUUAGCAUGUUGAAAGAAGAGAUAUCGAACCGAUCGAAGAUCGGUUCUGAUUCAAUCAAAUUGAUAUGCAGCGGUAGAGUAUUGAAAGAUGGAGACAGCGACGAAAAGCUCACGAAACUGGGUAUCAAAAACAACUCGAAGAUUCUUGUUGGUCGGGUUCUUGUCGAGGAGGGAAAGUCGUUGAAGCAAGAGUUUCUGGCCGUGGAAGAACACGACCAACGACUAGCCCGAGUCAAGGCGGCUGUAACUGCGCUCUCCACCAGACACGGCGAAGUAUCGUUUCCAAUGGGGAAUUUUAGUAUAGAACUUGAAGAUGAUAAUGGCAACGAAUUGCAUUUUUCGGAGACUAAUCGACAGGCAAUAAUGACGGGUCUGAUGCUUCAUGCAAUGGGCAAGGGACUAAUUAGGAAGCAGAAGUAUAAAGAUGCAUUAGAAGUUCUUUCUAUGGGAGAAGAAGCUUUUUCUCUAUGCGAUCCUAAGUCUAUUGAACUUGUCAAUCCGUUCUUGCACAUCGACAUGGUUUGGUGCUAUUUCAUGCUCCGUGACAUUGCCUGGCUUUCGGUUGCAGGAGAACGCCUUAACAUGGCUAGAGAAGGACUUGAACGCACUCACGGAAAAGAUGUUUCGUGUUUUAGAUUCCUUCAAUCAGGUCAAUCUUCAGGCUUUGUGUUAAAUAUGAGAUUGGAGCUCUUGAUCGGAGUGGUUGCAUACCACAACGGCGAGUUUGAUAAAUGCAGAAGGUUUUUGGUUUCAGCGCAAAGAAAAUUUUUGAAGUUUCAAGUGACGGCGGAAGCUCUAUCAACUGUUAUGAGCAUGGGGUUUACGGAAAAAGAAGCGAAAAGAGCAUUGAGAAUGAGUGAUCAGAAUGUUGAGAGUGCAAUUAAGUUCCUUGUCGGAGAGAAGGAAAAGAAAAGGAAGAGAGGAAAAGACAACCUUUGCCGUUUAGCAGAAAUUUGCGAGCAACAACGCUUUGGAGAAACGCCAUUAAAGAAAGCUGUAAAUCUAUCGAUAUUGAACACCUUAGUUUCUAUAGGAUUAGAGAAGAAAAUUGCUGCCGAAGCUUUACGAAGAAACGAGAAUGACACCAAUAAAGCAUUACACGACUUGAUAAAUCCUGAGACUUAUAGAGCCAUCCAGGAUGAAGUUGAACGUAAGAAAAGAGAACGAAUCCAAUCACUAAUUAAACGAUGCAAAUCCAGGGGAAUUCAAGGACCAUCAGUGGCUGAAGCUAUUAUUCGCGGUGUUUUAGAUGGUACCCGUUCUGUUGAGGAAGUAGCCCAACAGUUAAGGACACGAGGAAGAAGUUCAAACGACACGACAAGGGCAAACAUUCCGAGGCAAGAUGAAGAAGAGAGGGAUGUAGAGAUGGAGGGUGAGAUUGCACAAGAAGUAGCUAAUGAAGAUGCAUUAUCGGACUACGACGUAGAAGUAACGAAAGAAGGAGAAGCCAUAAACGAAUAUCUAGUGCUGCUGAAGUCUGUUUAUGGAAGUAAAAUAGCUUCUUCAUUAAAGAAUUCUUCAUCACUGAAUUCUGUUUAGAUAAUAUUUUUAUUUUUCAUUAUUCUGGAAAU